CUAAGUAUAUGUUGUUUGACGAAUAGAAUCAAUGAAAGGCGAUAUUAAGUCUAAUUUUUCGGACAUCAUCGUUUUAGAAAAAAAUAAUAGUUGUGACUUAUUUUCCCGACGCCCAGGUUUUCCCAUUUUUAUGACUCUACAAGUGUACGGGCAGAUGCAUGUUAUUAGAAUUCAUCUUACCGGUCUUUGCGUUAAUCCAGUAACAUAUCACACCUAGCUGUGCUUUUACAACCGGAUUACGUUUAUAAAACAUGAAAGAUACAUGCAAGAAAUCACAGGACCAUUACGUGUGUUUACUCAAUACAGGAUCUGACAAUGCAGAAACAAUAUCAGCAUCAGCGGUAGGAAAUAGCACCUAUGAUUUCAAAGGAGAGUCACCUUGUCAUGGAGUAGAAAACAAGCUGAAAAAGAGACCUACGAAGAAUGCUGGGGAAAAACAAAAGCCAACUACUGGCAUUAAUGCAAAGUCAGUGAGCGAACCAACCAAAACACAGACAGAGACAAGAAAAGGAAAAAUCAAUAGUUUGAGCAAAGUUACUCCAAAAAUAAACCAACCUUCAUCUAAAUGUAGAAGCCGCCAAAAUGAGGUUGUAACUUCAGCAUUGGCUAAACAGAGGAGUAACAAAUUUGUUAAACCAAUACCGCCUCCAAAUUUAGAUGACAUUUCUCCAGUAGUAAAAGACACAAAACAAUCGAAGGGGAGGAGCAAAAAUGAGAAACCUGUUCCAGAAAAAAGAAGACUGAGAUCAUCAGACUUUGCACAAGAGUCACCCAUUGUUUCCAAUACUUCCAAGAAUAAUGACAACGACAGUGCAAUCUUCCUUUCACCAAGGAUUCCAACAUCACAGUUGUGUGCAGAGAAGACGUCAACACCAGUCAGUGUGACAGUAAAGAAAACAGCAAAGCAAGUUAAUAAGGUUCUGAAAUCGAAAUUAGAAAACACUUCAACACCGAACGACAAGUGUAGGCCUACUAAAACUUUUUCAAGAAUAAAGGACAAGUUACCAGCUGUUGGUCUGUCACCAGUAGAAACUGUGGAAAGAACGGAGACGCCAACAUCUGACUAUGCAUCCAUGGACUGCAUUGUGACACCAAGUCCUGUCCAAUCAAGUACACAGAGAAGAAAACGAGAGCACUCCCCAGCUUUCACACUUGAUGAUGAGACUGAACAUUCAGAAUGUUUAGAGCUGAACAAAUCUGUGGAUAAGAUGUACAAGAAGAGCAAAAAGAAGUAUGACCAUCACCCCAAAAGAUCAGAGUCAAAGCUGAAUGAAUGGGCAGAAAAGAUGAAUUCAGAGCUGGAGGACAUUGAGAACUUUGAGCUCAGCGUGGAAGGCUGAUUCACCAUACAUGUACCUAUGGGACAGAACUCUGGGGGCAGCCAUCUGCAUUUCACAAAAAGUUGUGGUACUUGAUGUACAAUCAGGCAUAUGUAUAGACAUAGUUGCAAAUGUAUGGCUUAAAGUGCGGACCCUCUACUGUGUAGCACAGGUAGUCAUACCUUGUGGAUAGAUCCCUUCUAUUUUGACUUAAUGUGUUUUAGUGGUUAAACUUGUAAGAGUAUUUAUUACAUCUUUUUUGCUGUAGACAAUAAGUGUUUGUUGUUUUAGAUUUUUCUCAAAUGGGGUUCUUAUUAUCACCUUUCGUGUAAAACCUAUUUUCAGCCACUGUACAUUAGAAUACAAUGUAAAUUAGAUAUAUGUGAGAUAUAUUUACCACGGAGAUAUAUUGGAGCUUUGUUGAAAACUUAGCAAAAUAGUUUAAUUACAUAAAUUAUAUUACAUACUAUGCACAUUCUCUUGUCAUACAGUUCCACAAAUCUGUGUACUAUCACUUCAUUACAAAGGACUUACUAAUUAAUUGGCAUAUAAACAGGACUCACCUCUUGUAAGUGACUUCCUCUCUCCUUCCGAUCUUAUUGCGGACCAAAAUUACAAACACAUUUGAAAACAAGUGAUGCAAAGUUCUUAGAUUUUUGCAAAGUCAGAAAUUCACCUAUAAACAUAUCCCAGAAAUUGUCAUUUUUAGCGAGGCUGUUUUCGGAGAAAAUCCAAGCUAUUGUCAUAGCCAGCUCGUCCGACGUAGGCGUCGUGCUUAAAACUUAAAAUUGGCUCUAAAAUCAAAGUGCUUCCACCUACAACUUUGAAACUUCAUAUGUAAAUGCACCUUGAUGAGUUCUACACGCCACACCCAUUUUUGGGUCACUAGGUCAAAGGUCAAGGUCACUGUGCCUCUUAUAUCAAACUUUAACAUAGGCUCUAAAAUCAAAGUGCUUCCACCUACAACUUUGAAACUUCAUAUGUAGUUGCACCUUGAUGAGUUCUACAUGCCACACCCAUUUUUGGGUCACUAGGUCAAAGGUCAAGGUCACUGUGCAGGGCUUUUUUUCCUUCUUUGGGACCCCCGAAAAAUCGGCCCUUUCCCCUAGGAUUUUUUUUCCCCUCAGCAGGUAAAUUUUCCCCUAGACUUCAUUUUUUUCCCCUAAAAAAAAAAACAAUUUUUUUUUUUAAACUUUAAAUACAUAGGUUAACCUGAUCCAGUGUAGAAAAUAUAACAUACAGCAUGAUUAAAUUAUCUGUUGCCUUGAAUUUGUUUUAAAAAUGGCAAA